AUGUCCGAACCUAAGCGACCACGCAUCGACGACUCCUUGAGCGCAACAGCAACCGACACCCAGGUGGACUCGCAUCCGAAUUCCAUCUCCGAUGCCAAACAGCGCUCCAGCAAGAAUGAGACUCGACGCCGGUUCGAAUGUACUUAUGCCGGUUGCGGCCGUCACUACUCACGCGCCGAACAUUUGUACCGACACCAGCUCAAUCACAACCCGAAGGAAAUCUUCAAGUGUGACUAUCCAGGUUGCUCACGGACCUUCGUGCGUCAGGAUCUUUGUAUCAGGCAUCGAGAACGACAUGAAAAUCGGGGGAAAAUUCCCUCAGGACAGCAUGCUACGAGUCGCGAGCCACUCUCUCCACGGUCAUCAAUGAGUGAUGGCAAUGCCAAUAGCCCUGGCUCUCCGGUCUCAAACAUAUUCGCGACACCCAAGCAACUCAGCGAAGGCUUACAAUCGUCUGUCUUGCACCGUUCGUCUUUCUCAGAAUCUAACUUCAAGCCGACCAACCUUCAAGCACUCAUACAGCAACCAGCACAAGAAGGAAAUGUCUCAAAUAGUGGACCUCCGCAAACUCUACCUGCGAUGCGCCGACCAUCUUACGUCAACCCAGAACCUCGAAUAUCAAGGCAACCAUCAAACUUCGGCUUUGCUGAUAUGCCUGCUGAGUCCACACUAUCCCUUCAACGGUCUCACAGUCUCACCGAAACUGCUUUCGACACUUCAGAUCACACAAUACUGAGCAAUGGGGUCGGAAUCUUGGGGGAUGCCCGAAAUAAAUCAGCUCAGGAUAAAGCAGUACCUACAUUCCCGGUGCCCACGUUAAGUGAUCAAGCUUUUAAUGAUUCACCUGCGUCUGUCCGAGAUGAGUUUACUGCAUGGCUUUUCGAAGACGCUGGAGGCCUUCAGACUGCCGCUUUCUCAAUGGGCGUUCCGGGAGGCUUGGGCUUUCCCAGUGCUGGGGACGCCUUUAACAGUGGCAUCUAUCCCAACUAUUUUACAGAUCCUGCGCUUGACCAGAGCUAUCCCGAUAUCGCGCAAGUUCGCCCUCAGGAGACAAUCAGCAAGGCUCUGGAAAUCUCGAGUGACAGUGACUUGCUGUCGUACGCUAAACGCAAAUCACUACUCAAUUUGAUGGAGCUGACAUUCAACGAUGGAGACAACCGCUUCGUUGGAAAGCUAAGAGAAGAAAUCUUCCGAGGCAAUCUCGACGCGGAGGACCAUGUUCUUAGCCUCCGUUCCAUGCAGCACUAUAUCGGGUCAUAUUGGUAUCAUUUUCAUGCACAGAUGCCUAUCUUACAUCAGCCAACCUUCUCUGCUGAAAACACUCACGACUAUCUACUAUUAGCGGUCAUGGCCAUUGGUGCAGCGUACCUGAACAAGGCCCACGGCCGCCAAGUAACCGAUGCGGCAGCACGGUUGGCCACAUUUAUAGCCUGGCACUUACGGUGGCAGGUAUUUAUGCACAAUGACUUUCAUCCUCCAUCAAAACUGUGGGUUUUUCAGACGCUUCUCCUCCUGGAAAUAUACGAGAAAAUGAACUCCACACGAAUGUUACAUGAACGCUCUCACAUCCACUAUGCAACUACUAUAAAUCUGAUGAGACGAGGAACUGCCUUGAUUGAGACGGGCAAUCAGGAUGCCUGGCGAACGCCCACAACCCCGGAGGAAUGGUGGAGCCGCUGGAUAACAGCAGAAGCUACCCGCCGGGCGGCAUAUGCUGCUUUCUACCUUGACGCGGUUCACGCAACCAUGUUCGGUCAUGCUGCCAUGAUGGUGGUCCACGAGAUCAGGCUACCUCUACCAUGUGAUGAUGCCCUCUGGUCUGCGACUUCGGCAGCCGAAGUUGGCAGAGUCGAAGCAAGUCUUCAUGCAAACGGAAUCAAACCCACCACGUUUCUUGAUGGGCUCAAAAAGACACUGACAGGAAGGCGUGUGCGCACGAACAACUUUGGAAGAAUGAUUCUGAUGGCCGGAUUGCUGUCAGUGUCAUGGCACAUGCACCAGAGAGACCUCCAGGUCUCGAGCCUCGGCGUCUCCCAAUCUAUGGGGGCUCCAGAUGGUUGGAGGACGCCAUUAACGAAAGCCUUUGAAUUCUGGAAGAAGGACUUUGACGAGAAUCUUGAACACAUGCGAAAAGCAUCUCUUCCCUGGCAAAAGCAUGAUGUUGGCUCUGGAGAAGAGGAUAUGGCUAAAGCCGCGUAUGUCCUACACCACCUAAGCCAUAUGUCGAUGCAUGUGGAUAUUAUGGAUUGUCAGAUUUUUGCUGGCUCAAAGCGCUUAUUUGGAAGAACCGUCUCAAAUGCCGACUAUGAGAGAGUCAAGUGUAAAAUAUUUGACUGGGCAAAAGGCCAAAGUGCCAGUGUCGGCGUUUUCCAUGCCCUUCAGCUAUUGAGAUCCGUGAUCCCGCCAACCAAGGAUGGUUCAAAGAAGCUUUACAACGCCCGAGACGACCAUCUUGUGAUCAGACCAUGGGCGUCGUACUUCGCGGCGCUUGUCGUUUGGUCAUAUGGUUUUGCGAUGGAUGGCGUUCUUCGACCGUUUCCGAGCCUAAUUCAAGCAACGCCCGAGCUCCAGUUGGAUGCCGUUGUCAAAGAUGCGCACGUAUUUCUGUCAACAGUCGGUGCCGUCAAGACUCCGCAAGGGCUUGACGCAAUCAAAGACGGACGCAAUAAUGUCGUGGGCGUGCUGGCAAUCCUGGAGACAGCAUUUCGUGACUCAAGAUGGGAAUUGUUGCAUGAAGCCGCCGAUCUGCUUCGGAAUGCCAUUAUGCUGCUCCGAGGAGCCAGCCGUGGAUGA